GGUGAGAAUCUGGAGCUCGGCUGAGAGGCUGCAUUGAGAACCUGUGAAGCUGAAGUUUACUGUCAGAUGAACUCUGACAGUGUGAGCAGGAGCACACAGGGAUUUUCCUGUUUUGCCCGCUGCUGUGUGCUUCUCUGUUUGCAGGGCAGCAGUGGCAGUGGGACCUGGAGGACAGUCUGUAGCUUCUGAUUGCAGGGAAAGAAACAGUUUGGAAGUAGCUAUGGAUGUGCUGCUUCCACGUGUGAGCAUCUCUCAGUCAGCAACUGAACAGAGCUUGGCUUUAGGAAGGUCACCGGGAGAAUUAGGAUUGGUGAGAGUCUGAGAGAUCAUAUAUAAUCUUAUCUGGCCUCAAGAGGUGAAAAGCUUGGCUUUCUCAGGAUUACCAUUGCACAGGAAUGGUUUUGAUAAUGCAGCAAGUUUUAGAAGUCCCCUUUUCGCCCCUGCUUCCCACUCUGCUUCAUGACUGGGCAAUUACAGCUGUUUAUCUGGCUGCAGCAAAUUGGGUCAUUGAACUGAUCCGAGCUAAAAAUAGGCAUCCCCAACAUGAGCAGCAUUGAAUGCAACGGAAGAGUUGUGACCAGUGGCAGGGAGGAUCAUAAACUCAUUUUGCUGCUGGAGCCAGAGUAACUCAUCACCGUGCCCUCGCUCUGUUGUGCGCUCGCUUUGUUCCGCCUUGACAGUCAGGUAGGAGACUUGAAAGGAAGAGGGUUCGAGCUCGAUUGUGGUCAGCAGAUCAAAAAAAAUGCCGUCUCAAAAUUAGCUGUGCUCCUCUCUGAUUAACUUGUGUGCCUUACAGCUCUAAAUAAUAAUUUCCUGUCUGCUGAGUAGGCCCAGUCAAGAAGACUAAUCAGUGUGCAAACAUUGCCGCUAAAGAGUGCGGAUACAGAGUCUGGCUGCCAGUGAUGCAUGAAAUGGAACAGAAUAGGUCUAGGCUUCCUUCAGCAGAGCCAGCUCUUCUGCUGGCUAGGCUUGGUUUUGCGAAUCUAACUGCAAAAAGGCUACUAGGUGUCCUUAAAUCUCAUGUGAUUCAUUAUUAAACACCCAAAAAAACCCCAAAACAACCCAAAAAAACCCCCGCGUCCCAAAAAAAUCGCCCUUAAAAUAACAGCCGCAUCACAUUUACAGAGAGUCUUUCCCUACCCUGCUGCGGUAGGAUCAGGAAGGACAAAUUUGGAGAGGGUGGAUGGUGUUUCUUAAAUGUACAGGAAUGGCUGCAGGCAAGUCUAAUCUGUUAUCUUUUCAUUUUGUGAAGCAAGAUAGAAGAUUUAAAGAAUGAGUGAAGACUCCUCUAAUUUUCACAUAUUAAACUGUUGUUUUAUGUUGUGACUGUCUCUUCAGGCUCCUGUUCUGUGAAUUUCUCCAGUAUGGGCUGUGUUUCUGUGUUAUUCUCAGUCUGUCCUAGUAUACAGGCAGGAAUACAGGUUGCACACAGCAGUGCUCUCUGGAUUAGCUCCUGCAGAACUCCAGGUAUCACACAGGGAAUGUGGUGUGUCCUGAGAUAUCCCUGUCUGUUUCUGAUGCCUUGCUUUUUGAUCCUUCUUUGUUUUGCUUCUCCUCAGCUUAAUGAAUACUUUCUUAUACUAAUGUACAGCACUCUGUGUGAUGAAACCCUGUAAUGAGCACCUGUAAUCUGUGGGGUUUUUACAGCCUGAAUGAGAAGACACAGAAAAAAUAAGUUUGAAGAGAGUUGUGUGGACCUAACAGUAGAGUUUGGGUUAGAAACCUAUGGAUACUCUACUCUGUUCAUUCUUUGGACUAUCCUAACAGUGAUGUAUUUGUGAGUUUGCAAUUUCUAAUGUGCUUAGAGAAACUGAAUUUUUUUUCUCUUUACCCUCCUCCAUGUCCUGGGAAUGUUUUUGUCAUUUUUGUGAGUAAAAACGUAGGAGGCAGAUUUUUUGGGAGUUGCUGAGGGAGAGGUGAGCAAGGCUGUCCGGAUGGUAACAUGAGUGAUGCACAGCCUUCUCUUGGCUGAGCUACAGAGCAGUGGUUUGGGCCCAGCUGCAUCUGAGAGCACGUGUACUGCUCUGGUGCAUGUGUUGCACACAACUGAAACGUGUCAGUGACCAUUUAGGUUUUGUAAACAAAAGAAUCCUAAAAUAAGGAGGCUUCUUUUAAGAUAGUUACUAAGGAAAAAGCCAGCCACCAGAAGCAGCAAACAGCUCCUGGGAGUGUCAGAAUGGAAGAACUCCCAUUAGCCUACUUGGAGCAAGGGGGUGUGUGCACUUGCAUGCCUUGUAAUUUCAUGGCUGCUCUUCCUGGAAGGAAGUGGUGGUUGUGUUUCAUGGAGCAGAAGUGUAAGAUGAAAUACUGCAUUUUGGCAAUAAGGCUGAAUGACCUGGAACAUAUCCACAGGGAAUAUGAGGAUGGGAGGAGGGGACAGAGCAGUUUCUGAUGAAUCUUAUUGCCACCCUGAACUGACUUUGCUUUGAAGUGUGGUCUUUGUUUUCAGCACAGUACUGAGCAGAGAUUUGUUAAGUAGCAUGCAAAAAAUAAAAUUAUGGUUCCCAGGAGCAUUCAGAUAAGCAAGAGGCUUCCACCUCACUGUGGCUGUCAUGAAUUUAUUAAAAAUCCAAUAUGUCAACCUUACUACCUUGUGCUGUUCUCCACAGCUCACCAAUUCUGUUGCAAAUGCUUUCCUAAAAUAAUUAGGGGAGCAGAAAGUGGAAGUCCCUGAAUAAAUGCUGUGAUAAAAUAGAAGUGUGUUUAAUAAUGAUCUAUUUGCUCUUUCCUUUAGGUACAAUGGCUGCAGUAGCCCAGAAGCACUUUUUGGAGGGGCAGACAUACUCAGUCCCCCUGAUCCAACCGGACUUACGCAGGGAGGAGGCUGUUCAGCAGGUGGCAGAUGCACUUCAGUACCUGCAAAAGGUGUCUGGUGAUAUAUUCAACAGGAUCUCUCAGCGGGUGGAGGCCAGCCGGGCACAGCUUCAGGCAAUUGGCGAGAGAGUCACACUCGCCCAAGCAAAGAUUGAGAAGAUAAAGGGCAGCAAAAAGGCUAUUAAGGUAUUUUCCAGUGCCAAGUACCCAGCCCCUGAACGGCUGCAGGAGUACAGUUCAAUUUUUGCUGGUGCAGAAGACCCAGCUAAACAGAAAGGGCCAAGGCACAAGAUUCAGAGCAAACAUCGAAUGCUGGAUGAGAAAGCUCUGCAGGAAAAGCUCAAGUAUUUCCCCGUGUGCGUGAGCACCAAAAUUCACCAGGAGGAUGAUGCAGAAGAAGGCCUUGGCAGCCUUCCCAGGAACAUCAGCUCCCUCAGCUCCCUGCUACUCUUCAAUACCACUGAGAACCUGUACAAGAAGUAUGUUUUCCUGGAUCCUCUGGCUGGAGCAGUGACCAAGACCCAUGUGGCUCUGGAAACAGAGACAGAAGAGAAGCUCUUUGAUGCUCCUCUCUCCAUCACCAAAAGGGGACAGCUGGACCGACAAGUAGCUGAAAAUUACUUCUAUGUGCCAGAUCUGGGCCAGGUCCCUGAGAUUGAUGUGCCAUCCUACCUGCCAGACCUGCCUGGCAUCGCUGCAGAUCUCAUGUACAGCGCUGACCUGGGCCCUGGCAUCGCACCGUCCGCCCCCAGCAGUGCUAUUCCAGAGCUGCCCACCUUCAACACUGAGUUGGUGGAGCCUUUGCAACCAGAUCUUCAAGAUGCUGAACUAUUGCCACCUCCUCCCCCCCCGCCUCCCCCACCGCCUCCUGUUGUGUCAACCAUUGUGCCUCCUCCGCCGCCCCUGCCCCAGCCCACGGCCCCCUCGGAGCCGGCCCGGACAGUGAGCGAGGAGAGCAGCAACACAGUGCCUGCAGCUUCUGUCCAGGGAGCCCCAAAGGAGGUGGUGAACCCCUCUACUGGGCGUGCCAGUCUCCUGGAGUCCAUCCGCCAGGCCGGUGGCAUUGGGAAGGCCAACCUCCGCAGUGUCAAGGAGAGGAAGCUGGAGAAAAAGAAACAGAAGGAACAGGAACAAGUGAGAGCUACAGGACAAGGUGGAGAUUUGAUGUCAGACCUCUUCAAUAAACUGGUGCUGAGGCGCAAAGGUAUUUCAGGGAAAGGGCCAGGAGCCUCUGGGAAUGCCGAUGCUCCAGGCAGUCCUGCUGGUGCCUUUGCUCGCAUGUCGGACUCAAUUCCACCCCUCCCACCCCCACAGCAGCCCGUGGGUGAGGAGGAUGAGGAUGACUGGGAGUCAUAGAUGGGGUCAGUUGAGCAUUAGUGUCAAUCUGCUGCUGUCUGAAAAUUUUAAUAAAGUUGAAGGAAGCAGGUCCUUCCACCUUCA